CCAAGCUUCCUUUGGUCAGCGUGGCUGCGAUGCAGUAUGUUAGGAAACAAAGUUCCCCACAGCGCCGCGCUCGUCUGCACUGCUGUCAGCAACUAUGGAAAGGCGAAGCAGUGGAUCCGGGCACUGGAGUCCUUCCGAGAUGCGCUUCGGUCUUGUAUGCAAGCGGAUGUCAUUCUGUACAACACCGCCAUCAGCGCCUGCGGAAAGGGCAGCCAGUGGCAGCAAUCGCUGCUAUUGUUGACCGAACUGGGCGAGGCAUCGCUGCAGCCAGACGUCAUCAGUUGCAGUGCCGGGAUCAGUGCCUGCGAAAGAAAAGGACGGUGGCAGCACGCGCUGUCGCUCCUGAGGGAGAUGUGGGAAUCAAGCCUGGAACCGAACGUUUUCAGCUGCAGUGCAGGAGUCAGCGCUUGCGAGAAAAGCACGCAGUGGCAGCACGCCAUGUCGCUGCUGACGGAGAUGUGGGAAACAACUAUAUUGCCAGAUGUUGUCACCUACAACGCUGUUAUCAGUGCUUGCGAGAAGGGUGGUCAAUGGCAGCAUUCGCUGUCGCUGUUGGAUGAUUUGUGGGAUGUGAAGCUUGAGCCUGGCGUCAUUAGCUUCAACGCUGGAAUUAGCGCAUGUGCUCGUAGUGGCCAGUGGCAGCGGGCAUUAUCAUUAAUAGAUCAUAUGGUGGGAGCAAGCGUAGAGCCAGAUGCCACCAGCUACAAUGCGGCAGUCAACGCGUGUGGGAAAGGCGCACAGUGGCAGCAGGCGUUGGCGAUGUUAAGGGAAAUGUCGGAAUUGAAGUUGGAGCUUGAUGCUUUCAGUUGUAGCGCUGCUAUAUGUGCAUGUGAGAAGGGUGAUCGGUGGCAGCAGGCGCUUUCGUUGCUCAGGCAGAUGCAGGAGGCCGAGGUGUUGCCGGACGGCUUCAGCUGCAGUGCUGGAAUCAGCGCGUGCGAGAAGAGCUCGCAGUGGCAGCAGGCGCUGUGCUUACUGACACAUCUGGGCAGAGCGAAGAUGGAGCCAAACCUCGUGUGCUGCAAUGCCGGGAUCAAGGCGUGCGAGAAGGGCGCGCGGUGGCUCGAGGCCCUGGCCCUGAUGCGGGGCAUGCUGGCGCUGAGGCUGCAGGCGGACAGCAUCAGCUACGGCGCAGGGGUCAGCCUCUGCGAGAGGUGCGGGCCGUGGCAGCACGUCUUGUCGCUGCUGAGGGAGAUGUGCGAGGCCGGGCUGCCGCUGGACCCCGCCUGCCGCAGGGCCGGUGUCGGCGCCUGCGAGCGGGGCGGGCAGUGGCGGCAGGCGGCGCCGCUGCUCGUGGGCGCGCCGCGGCUGCUCGCCGCCCUGCGCCCUCGCCGCGGCCUGGCCGGCGGCGCGCGGAGCCGCCGCCCGCCGGCGGGCCGCGGCGGCCGCGCGCCCCGCGGGGGCCGCGGCGGCGGAG